AUGCAGAUUUUUGUCAAGACGUUGACGGGUAAGACCAUCACCCUUGAGGUGGAGUCAAGCGAUACUAUCGAUGCUGUAAAGACUAAAAUUCAAGAUAAGGAAGGAAUUCCUCCUGAUCAACAGCGGUUGAUUUUUGCUGGCAAACAGGAUAAUCGCACGCUCUCUGAUUAUAAUAUCCAAAAAGAAUCCACUUUGCACUUGGUCCUUCGUUUGAGAGGCGGAGCAAAGAAACGAAAGAAGAAGACAUAUACUACACCAAAAAAGAUUAAGCAUAAAAGAAAGAAGGUCAAGUUGGCGGUGCUCAAAUAUUAUAAGGUUGACGAAAACGGUAAAAUUACACGACUCCGCAGAGAAUGUCCAAAUGCAUCGUGUGGUGCUGGUAUUUUCAUGGCAUGGCAUUAUGAUCGUCAGUAUUGUGGAAAG